UUUUACAUAGGUUUACGACAAAUCUGUUUAAAGAGAAUAUUAAUUCGCCUGAAAACACGCUCGGAAGGCUAUUAAAUCUAAGAACUUUCAAAUUACAGUCUUCGCUUCACUGUGCUUUUGCGCGCUCCAAACUCUGAAUAGUAGGGAUUUGUGUACAGUACACUGAUCUAUCAAGAGAGGAACACGCAAUGGAGGAAUACACUACUUGGUUAGAAUUGCAGGGGGUAUCUAACGAAGAAGUAAACGACAGGAAAGCCUUUGAAGAUAGCUUGAGAAAGACAAUAAAGGAUGGAGAUUUUGAUGAGAUCAGUGACAAACUUACUCCGAGAGCUUUGACAAAAUGUAACACGAACGCUCUGCUGAUGGCUAUGGAGGUGACUUUUAAACUGCGACGAUUAGCUGACAAAAAGGGACCGGACGAGGAGGAUUUCAAUAAGCUAGCCGCUUCUUUGGAUGAAUUUAUUUCCCGCCUCUUUGAUCCAUUAAAAUCAGGUGGACGAUUACGUGAUGUUUUCUUAUCAGAUUCCAUUGACAACGUCAUGGACGCUGCGAUAGAGUUUAAACAAAAGAAUUUCUUUGCUCACCCAGUAAUCAACAGCCAAAUGACAAAGAAGUGGCAUGGUGAACUUGGCUGGAUGCGAAAAUGUUCUUGGUUGAGUACUGAACGCUGGAUAUGGGUGUUCCUAAACGUCUGGUGUGUGUUUGAUGUUUUUCUUUUCCCCAUAAUCUUCAUUGUUUUUGGGGGAUAUCAUUUAGCGAGGAAGAAGAUGAGGAACAGAAAAGGAAUAUUUCGCAACAAGGAAGACAUAUACGGAAGUUAUCUCAAGUACUUCACCAUCCCGUAUUUCAUCUUUGUCCGUGACACUUUCAGUUUCCUGGUCCACCUAGGACUACACUUCGCUACUUGUCUUGCGCCUUCGAGCAUUUCAAUCAGUAGACUAGAGUGGGCUGUCUGUGUGUUCUACAUGGGUCGAAUAGUAACUGAAAUCAAACAGAUAAGCGACACAAAGGUACUGCAAAGUGAAGAGUCAGACAAGCCGGGUAUCAAGGAACCAAUGACUUGUGGUAGUGUUGAAAUUUUAACUGAGCUGAAAGAGACCAGUAAUCGGAAAUCAAAAUCAACGUCGUUGGCGAUGAGAUUUAGUAAAUACCUGAAUGAUCGUUGGAACGUCCUGGAUUUAACCACAAUCAUUGUAUACCUCACCAUUUUUGUCUUGAGAAUGCUGACAUGGGCGGUAUCAGACUCUGUGGUUAAUAACAGAGCCCUUGUUAUAACUGGUUAUCUUUACGGCCUCAACACCAUGUUCCUUACUUUCCGAGCCUUUGGUCUCGUGAUGGAAAUUACCAGAGGAGUGGGUGCCAUUCAAAUCGCGUUGUUUUUCAUUCUUAAAGACGUGGCGAUCAUAUUUUGGCAGUUUAUCGCUGCGAUUUUAGCAUUUUCUAUCGCUAUAACCAAAGUAUACGUUGCAGAAAAAUCCUACCUCGUUAAGGAAGACCAAGACAAAAAUGCGGCUUGCAGUGCAGCUGUUCUUUCCUGUUGGUGGACUGUAGCAAAGCAUCUAUGUUGGUCCUUGUUGGGAAUUGUAGAGCUUGAUCCACUGGACUCGUCAGACAAAUUAUCAGUGACUGUGGUUCGCUUUUUGUAUGGAGGUUUUAUGAUCAUGGGAGCUGUUCUCCUUAUGAAUAUGAUGAUAGCACUUCUAUCAAACACAUAUCAACGAGUUGAGGAUAAUUCCUUAAAAGAAUGGUCAUUUCGUAAAGCCAUGAGAAUUCAGACGUACAGCUCAUAUGAUCCCAUUCCUGUUCCUUUUAACCUCGUCUCAAGUCUGCUGUUGGGUUUGCGUUCCUCUUUCCAAUGUUUCUGCUUCUGCCUCAGGUGGAGGCGAGAAAGACAACAAGAGAUCUACAUAAAGGAUGGAAAUCGCAACCUUGUGAAGCGACCAAGAUCAAUCCGAAUAUCACAAAUGGAAGAGAAGAUGCUAAAACUUAAGAGGGAGUCGUUAGAUUUGGUUGUCAAAAAUCUUCAGACCAAAUAUUUUGCAAGUUAUGGGUACAUAUUUCCACUCACAGAUCAAGAUAAAAUGGAUCAAGUCUUUCAGGAAACUAGAAACCUUCGACCAAUGACGAAUCAAGUUGCUUACAACACCUUUAUUUCGAAUGGGUACGACAAAUGUGUCUUACCAACGGGUCCGAAGGCGUGGAAGAGUGAGGGCAUAAGGAUAGAGGAUUGCCUUCUCAUGUACGAGGGAGAGGAAGUUUGCAAGACGUGCAAGGAUCAGCCAACAGCCUCACAAAAGAAUCAUGGUGCCAGAUAUCUUAUUCCUUUCACUACAGAGUUUCCUGGAUUUGAGGUUCUCAUUUUGGGAACAGGAGAAUGUCGAAGUCUAGAGAUGGGAGUGGCGGGAAAGAAUUACGAAUCUCAUGUAAAUCGGAGCCGAGGAUGGACUAACGAAUGUAUCGGGUACCAUAUCAACGGAAAUAUUUUCAACGCUUUUACCGCAAACUCAAUCAUUGAAAUUGAAGAUGCUAUGGCUGAUCGAGGCGAUGUGAUUGGUUGCAUGGUGAUGUUUGAAAUGGCUGGAAAUGGAGAAGUCCCUAUUUUGUUUACUCUAAAUGGCAAACAGAUCACUCAAGUAACCAUUUCAACCAAUUUUGACGAUAAGGAAUCACUGUUGUUUCCAUUCGUUAGUAUGGGACACAAAGGAGUAACGGUGUCAGCUAAGGUUAGUUUUAACUUGUAAAAGAGUGGCUCUUACUUCUCAUAGCUGAUAAUAGCCUAAGAUUCACAGGCUAAGCGU